CCUUCUCUAAUACCGCUUGUCAAUAUACAAAAUAGUUAAAGAUGUCCGACUCUCCAGUUAACAAAUAUCAAAUCACAUUAUCUGAUGAAUCCAAAGAAAGAAUAGCUAAAGUUUUAGACUACUCUAAAACCAUUGCUCACUAUGGUUUCAUUCCUUUUGUCUUAUACUUGGGAUGGUCUAGUACUUCAAACAAGCCAUCUUUAUUUAAUUUAUUGAGUCCUUUCCCAUCUGCUUAGAUAAUUUUAUGUUUUAAUGAAAAGGAAUAGAUGAGUAUACCUUAUUGUUAUUGAAGUCAGAUUGAUGGAGUAUUCGAAAUUGUGAUUAUCUUUUAGUUUUCAACUUUAUUGUGAGUUUCACCUUAGAAGAUGAAUAGUACUACUAUAUAACACUUACAAGUUAUUAUUUGUUUUUAUAUAUGUAUUCACCUGGAACUUAUAAUGAUUACUGUAAUUUGGGUAAUGAUUCAUAGAAGAAGAUGAAAAAAUUAGAAGAUAUAUGUAUAUAGUUUUAUCGGUAUUCUACUUCUUUCUUAAAUACAUGUUGUAAAUGAUGUCUUAUUUGGUUAAUAAUCCUUGUAACUGUAUGUUGUAGCCCGUUAACUUCCAAUUAUAUAUCGUAGAAAUCGUAUGAAUUCCGAUAUCGUAGUCCAAAGAGCCCAAAUAUCAACGUCUUUUUUUUGCGUACACUUCCUGAUGACAUACACAACGGUACCA